GUCUCCAUGGCGCCCGAGCUCUUCCCGUUGUGUGAGCAAGCGCUGAAGCCCGUGCGUCUCGGCCAGGCGGUGAUGGAGCUGUUUCUGGAGCCAGCCCGAAACGGGACCGCCACAGAGCGGUACAGUGUGUGUGGGACCACCGCUAUGCUGCUGGCAUGUGUGUGCAUGCUGGUCGCCGUGUGGAACCGUACUGAGAAAAAAUGCUCCAUACCAGGACCCUCGUUCUGUCUGGGGGUGGGUCCUCUGCUCUCCUACUGUCGCUUUCUCUGGACCGGGAUCGGCACGGCCAGCAACUACUACAACCAGAAAUACGGAGACAUCGUGCGGGUGUGGAUCAGCGGAGAGGAGACCAUCAUCCUCAGCAGACCAUCGGCGGUGUAUCACGUCCUGAAGCACUCUCAGUACACCUCUCGCUUCGGCAGCAGAGUGGGUCUGCAGUGCCUCGGCAUGCACGAGCAGGGAAUCAUCUUCAACUCUAACGUCGCUUUGUGGAAGAAGGUCCGCACCUUCUUCGCCAAAGCUCUAACAGGUCCGGGGCUGCAGAGGACGCUGGAGAUUUGCACCUCCUCCACAAACUCACACCUGGACGACCUGUCUCACCUGAGAGAUGCGCAGGGGCAGGUGGAUGUCCUGAAUCUUCUCCGCUGCAUCGUGGUGGACAUCUCCAACAGACUGUUCCUGGACGUUCCUGUCAACGAGCAGAAUCUGCUGUCCAAAAUCCAUAAGUAUUUUGACAGCUGGCAGACAGUACUAAUCAAACCAGAUAUCUACUUCCGACUGAAGUGGCUGCGCGAGAAACACAGAAACGCUGCUCAGGAGCUGCAGGACGCCAUCGAGGAGCUGAUCGAGCAGAAAAGAUCUCAACUGCUUCAGGCUGACAAACUCGACAACCUCAACUUCACUGCAGAGCUCAUAUUCGCACAGAGUCACGGUGAGCUGACCGCGGAGAACGUGAGGCAGUGCGUGCUGGAGAUGGUGAUUGCAGCGCCGGACACUCUCUCCAUCACCGUGUUCUUCAUGCUGCUGCUGCUGAAGCAGAAUCCGGAUGUAGAGCUGCAGAUCCUGCAGGAGAUCCAUACAGUGACAGGCGACGGAAAGCUGCAGCACUCCUAUCUCUCUCAGCUCUGCGUCCUCGAGAGCUUCAUUAACGAGUCCCUUCGAUUCCACCCCGUUGUGGACUUCACCAUGCGCCGGGCGCUGGACGAUGACGUCAUCGAGGGCUACCAGGUGUCCAAAGGCACAAACAUCAUCCUGAACGUGGGCCGCAUGCACAGAUCAGAAUUCUUCAGCUGCCCCAACCAGUUCAGCCUGGACAACUUUGAGAAAACAGUCCCAAACCGGUUCUUCCAGCCUUUCGGUUCAGGUCCUCGCUCCUGUGUGGGGAAACACAUCGCCAUGGUGAUGAUGAAGUCCAUCCUGGUCACUCUGCUGUCCCGUUACUCUGUGUGUCCGGAGCGAGGCUGCACCGUGGAGAACAUCCCCCAAACCAAUGACCUGUCCCAGCAACCUGUGGAGAACCAACACGCGUUCAGCGUCCACUUCGUCCCCCGCUGA